AACCGCAGCGAACGACUGUGGCGAGCGUGAAAGGUUGGCAGUAGUGGGAGCUAGUGGAAGUAGUUCGCCGAUAGGAUCGCGGCGUUGGAGCGGUGUCCUUUGGUUUCUCUAGAGACUCUCGGGGUCCUUGUUUGCCGGAGAAAGCCCAGGUUGAUGAGGUGAUGAGAGGAUUCACGAGGGGCCCAAACUUCGGACCGCCCAGGUGGUGACCGAAGUUAUAAAAGGGCUAUACAUUUGUUGAUAUGUUAGUCGUGACAAACGACAGCAGUGGCUGUAGAUGAUCUCGGAUGUAAUCCCAUAUCGCAAAUGAGAGAACUUUUAAGAAGGGACAUCUAAAUGCCCAAGGGUGUCAUUGAGUGACAUUAAGUGCUGCGGCCACCCAUUUCUUCUAAAAACAUGGCUACCAAUCAAGUGGAUUACCAGUGGGCUUACUCCAUAAUGGACUCAUCCAGGGUUUCCACCUUUCUCAUAUCGAUAUUGCUGAUCGUUUAUGGCAGUUUUCGAUCAUUAAAUAUGGAGCAAGAGGCAAGAGAAAGGGAGAAAGAAAAGGAACGUAAUAAUUUGUUAACGGGGCUAACGAGCAGUAGUGGCACUGGAAAUGUUGAUGGCGCUAAUGGAGGAUGCGUCCAGACUUUAGAUACAAUGCAUGCUCUCUGUCUACCUCUUGGUGCUUCCAUUUCAUUACUCAUCAUGUUUUUCUUUUUUGAUAGUAUGCAGACGCUCUUUGCAAUAUGCACAGCUAUUAUAGCUACAGUUGCCCUGGCAUUUCUUUUGUUACCCAUGUGUCAAUAUAUAAUAAGACCAUGUUCAGAUGGUAACAAAAUAUCAUUUGGAGUGUGUGGGCGAUUCACUGGGGCCGAAUUACUCUCAUUUUCAUUGAGUGUAAGCAUCGUAUGUAUUUGGGUGCUAACGGGUCAUUGGCUACUUAUGGAUGCAAUGGGCAUGGGCCUCUGCGUCGCAUUUAUAGCGUUUGUUCGAUUACCUAGUCUAAAGGUAUCCACCCUAUUACUCACUGGACUUUUGAUUUACGACGUCUUUUGGGUCUUCUUUUCAUCGUACAUAUUCAGCACAAACGUAAUGGUUAAGGUGGCUACGCGGCCUGCGGACAAUCCAGUGGGUCUCGUAGCACGUAGAUUACACCUGGGUGGUGUAGCUCGUGAAGUUCCGAAGCUCUCUCUACCUGGGAAGCUGGUAUUCCCGUCGAUGCAUCAGUCGGGACACUUUUCGAUGUUAGGCCUCGGCGACGUUGUAAUGCCGGGCCUCUUACUGUGCUUCGUACUUCGUUACGACGCCUAUAAGAAGAGCCAGAUUUUGCCAGGUGGCUGCGAGACAGGGGUACCACCUCCGCGACACCUCAGUCGUAUCAGUUACUUCCACUGUUCUCUGAUCGGUUACUUUCUCGGUCUGCUCACUGCCACGGUUAGUUCCGAGGUGUUCAAAGCCGCGCAGCCUGCCUUACUGUACCUCGUGCCCUUUACAUUGUUGCCCCUACUUACCAUGGCGUAUCUCAAGGGCGACCUGCGACGCAUGUGGAGUGAACCGUUCAUAUCCCAACAGCCGUCUAAGCACAUGGAAGUUUGACAACUGUCCGGACUCGCUCUAGAUUCUGUUUUCUGCUGGGUGAGGAACCAUAACGCGCAUCUCGCCGUUAUUUCAACUUUACUCCCUUGUUUUCGUCGGAAUGGAUUUAUGUGAGUAAAUCUGUCCUUGUUUUUUUACUACUCCGCAAACGAGACUCAUCUUUUUCAGUUAUAUUAAGAUAUAAGAGAAAGUAAAUCACACCAGAGAAUCGAUGCGAAUGGACUGCGUGUAACUAUACACUUUAUAUAGCAUAAAUAAUUUAAUUUGAAUGUAGCUCGUUGUUAAGAGUGGAGCAAUAACGCAUAGAGUCGGAGCAUUCGGAGCAGUUUCGAAACGAGAACGGGAGUUCUAAUAGUGCUACGCGAGGAAGAUUACACGAUCGAUUUUGUGACGAAAGAACCACUGUAAAAGAGCAGAGAUAGACAAUGUUGGUUGAUUAGAUCUUUAUGGGUUUACCCUUCUCACUAAUCCAGAGAACACCAUAUGAGGCAGAUUUUGUAUAUUAUCAUCAUCGUUGAAUUAGAAACAACGUAUUCCUGAAUAAAAAGCACAAUUCUCUCUAAAAUACGAGAGAACGGUGCACAAUCAUAUGCGCAAGACUGUAUAAGACGAGCAAGAACACUUAGCGGAAAACAUAAAGCGUAGCUUUCAUAUAUAUUUUCAGAAAUCUUUGCGAAGUGCUUUGAAAAGUUUAAACAUGCAUCUCGUUUCCUAGCUUUAAAUAUUUAUUACGAACAAUUCUGUACAUUUUCCUUAAUUUAUAUGAAUUGCAUGUACAGUAUUGCACGUAUCAUUGUGUACGAUCGAUUUCUCAUUGAUAACACUCAUUGUAGAUACGGGCUGCUUAAAUUGACGUUUUAAUUGUUUAAUGUCAGAUGAUGAUGGCGGUACUCAAGAACUGAUUAAGAGCACGCAUAUUUCGCAUUGAAAGUGAAUCGAUGUUCUUUGUUUAACAUUUUCCGGAAAGUGUUUCCAAGCUCCACUCUGAUCUUAUCGUUAUCGCUAGUAAGUAGAAACAAUUAUUGAUGCGAAAGGUCUCUUUCUAAUUUAUUACCGAAAGGAAUGAUUAAUUGAACUGUACGUAAUCUGUAAUUAUGACUAGAAUAACACGUGGUUAUUCAAAGGAAUUCGUACAUGAAUCCAGUGAACAUGUGUGUAGGUUGUGAUUUAAUUUUUAACAUUGCUUUAAUUAUCGGAUGAAGCAACAUUUCUGUAAAUACAUGUAUUAACUAUAAUUUUAAUAUGCAUAAAGGGUCUGAUUUGCAGUUUGCUUUUAACAAUAUAAGCGCUGCCGUGCGGCCUCAGGCAGUAAACAUAUUGUUAUGAACGAACUGGAAAUACCUAGUUCCAAUCUUAAA